AUGAGCGAUGAAUUUACAUGUUUCUUUUAUGGUACACUUAUAUUCCCACAAAUAUUAAAACGUGUUUUAGAGAAUGGAAGAAGCAACACAGAAAAACCUAUUAAUAUCAAAAAAAGAGUUUCCGCGGUAUUAAAGGGUUAUAAACGACAUAAAGUUAUUGGAGCAGUUUAUCCCGCUAUUUUAAAGGGAGAUGAUUUAAAAGAUGAGAUAAAUGGUAUUUUACUUGAAGGUUUAUCAUCGCAAGAUAUAGCUAGGUUAGAUAACUUUGAGGGUUCUGUAAGUGUACAUAGAAGCAAUGACUUAUGUUUGGAAAGAUUCCCCUACCUUGCUACAUGA